AUGGUGUUUAGUAAAGAAUAUAUUGUUUUAUGGUAUGAUUUUACUGAAUAUAUUAUUUUGGCUGCAGCUGUUAUUAUUGUUGUUAAAAAACUUGAUCCAUCAAUUGGAAAUGUUUUUCGUGAUUGGCAUCAAGAAGAAGUUGAUCGAUAUAAUUCAGUUGUUAAUAAUUCAAAAGCAAUGGCUGGACAAAAUUUAACUCAAGCACGAAAAUAUAUUAUUUAUAUUGGAUUAGAAACAGUAUAUAGAGAAAGACUUAAACAAAUCUAUGAACCUGUUAAACAUCGAUUAGAUUAUCAACUUGCUUUACAAAAUGCACGAAAAGAUUUUGAAAGAACGAAUAUGAUUAAUUGGAUUAGAAAUAAAGUUAAACAAUCAAUUAGAGAUAAACAAGAAAAACGAUACCUUACAAUCAUGUUUACAACAACUUAA